UUCCUCCCUGGCAAUGCCGAAAUGUGUAUAGGCGGACACAGUCAGUUCUCUAUAAAAUCCACUUUUCGUUCCUCCUCCUCAGUAACUCCGCUCUCCGGGUUUUCUAGCUUGCCUCUUCUCGUCCAACUCACACACACUGUCAGAGCGCGGCGUUGACAAACUCUGUCCACUUUAGCCGUUGCGAGGCAGCCUGCUCUUUCCUCAGCUGAAGCUCUCAUUGACUCGGUUCUGUGUCCUCAUGCAAGGCUGCUGAAGAAGCUCUGAGAAUCAGUUUUUUUUCUCUCUCUUGCUCCUUAAUCCCUCAGAUCGGACUCAUCAACGCUUCAUUACAGCAAAGCUCUACAAGACAAGAGAAUAAAAAAUAAGUGAACGUUUAAUUUCAAGACUUGUCACUGUCUACUAAUACUCUUCACAAUGUCUGGCGAUGAUGCACCUGCUCAGCAGCAAAACGCCGAGGAAACAAACAAGAAAAAUAAACCCAGCGAGGAGCCGAAAGCUGAGUCUAAGCCGGAGUCGCCGCCAGUCAGUUCAACCCAGGCUGCAGCCACACCCACGGCGACCGAGAAGGUAUCCGAGGAAGAGCAGUUCACCUACCGCUCCCUGGUCCUUUCCGGCUACGGGGGCUAUGAUAAGGUGAAACUGCAGGUGAAGAAGGGGAAGCCGGCACUCAAGGCCGGAGAAGUCAUGGUGCGGGUCAAGGCAUGCGGGCUGAACUUUGCCGACCUGCUGGCCCGGCAGGGUCUAUACGACCGGCUGCCGUCCCCCCCUGUCACGCCGGGGAUGGAGUGCUCCGGGGAAAUCGAGGCUGUGGGAGAAGAGGUGACGGAUAGAAAAGUGGGUGACAAGGUGCUGGUGCUGAACCGCUGUGGGCUGUGGCAGGAGGUGGCCGUGGUGCCCGCUACCCACACGUUCCUCAUCCCAGAGGGCAUGACUUUUGAGGAGGCCGCCGCCCUCCCCGUCAACUACAUCACCGCCUACAUGAUGCUGUUUGACUUUGGCAACCUGAGGCCCAACCAGAGCAUCCUCAUUCACUCUGCUGCAGGUAGGAGCCAAUCACCAUAG